AUGGGUCGGAGAAAGAUUGAGAUCAAGGCCAUCAAGGAUGACCGCAAUCGCUCAGUCACGUUCCUGAAACGAAAGGGAGGUCUAUUUAAGAAGGCGCAUGAGCUUGCCGUCCUUUGCUCCGUUGAUGUAGCGGUCAUUAUUUUUGGCCACAACAAGAAACUAUACGAGUAUUCAUCAUGCGAUAUGCAUGAUGCUCUUGGUCGCUAUCAAUAUUUUGGCCCUCCCCAUGAGCAUAAAGGACCGGAAGAUUUCGCGGGCAAGCGAGAUGACGACGACGACGAUGAUGAGACCUCCCCGGCUCCCGAGGACAUCCAAGCAGUUCAGCAGAACCACCCCGCAAUUCCCCCUCACCUCCAAAACCAGCCUGCCUUCCAGCACAUGAAUCAUGCACCCUCCGCGUCACCCCCGAUCCAUCAUGCCAUGACACGACAUGGUACACCGCAACCGCAAGGCACUUCGCGUCCCUCUUCAAGGAAUCAUAUCCGCCGAGUCAGUUCAAACCUAGGUCCCCAGCAACAUGGUACACCUCCACCACCGCCACCCCCUGGUCCCCAAAAUGGCGGGUUUACAUAUAUGCCAAAUCCGGGCAUGUACAACCCCAAUGUUCAUGCAAUGAACCAGCAACCUCGACCAGGACAGUUUGCGCACUAUGGACACCCACCGGGACAACACCAAGGGACGCCUCCUAUGCAUGCGCACGGUUUACCACAACAAAUGCCGCCACAGCACCAGGGCCAACAGCAUUUCCAACAGCAUGGCCAUGCCGUAGGAAUGCCUCCGGGGCCUCAUCAGCAUGUACAGCAGGCAUAUAUGCAGGAACAUGGGAGAAAUUCGAUGCCUCCAGGGUUCGCACCUGAGGGCCACGAACGGACUGCCUCGGAACACGCCCAAGAUGAUUCUUCGGGUGCGAUGAAAGUAGAGCACAGCCAGUCGCCGCCCCAAAUGAAGUCGUUUUCGAAAUCACGGAGUAUUUUCACGCCUAUCGAUGACCGAGGAUCCGUCCUCGCCCGUCAUUUUGGAGCUGCAGCGGGAUCAUAUGAACCUCAUAAUAACCAUUCUCAUUCGCUCAAGCUCGAGGCGCUACCACAAGCUUCGUCUAGUUCCAAAUCAAUGCCUGUCAGAGCUGCGACGGAGGCUCCUCGUGUAGGAGGGCCAAUGGCUUCGACGCCAAAAAUCAAACCGCCAUCCCGAACUAACAGUGGACCGUUGCCAUCAAAACGGCCGCAAUUGAAGGUGCAGAUUCCUAGUGAAACCUCAGAUGGUGGCAGUGCCACAGCCGAUUCAUCGCGCGACUCAGCUGAGAAUAGAACAUCCACACCUGCGAAAGGGAGCGCCGAAAAUGGUCCCUCCGGCGUGGUCUUGCCAGCUCCAUCGCCCUCAGCCAAUACAAUACUGAGUGCGGGAGCGCAAGGGCCUCCAAAUCCGUUCGCACGACCUCCUCCUCCCGUUGCCGCAACGCGAAAUGACUCUUACGGCAGUAGUAGUGGAAAUCCGAACAAUGGGAAUAACUCGAAUAACAUUGAAACACCAAUAUCCGCCUUGCCGAGUCGCUUUGUAUCUGAUGCCCUCCUCCCGUCACCUUCCAGCUUCUUCCCCGACUGGGGCUUUAGUCGGUCAGGCCCAGACUCCAACAUGCUGCCCAGUCCCCUCGCCUUCCCGACUCCGGCAGUGCAAAGCGGUCCUAGCUUUUCUCGAGAAGACGAACAAGACAAGAAGAGAAAAAGCCCAGAUGGUGGAUCCGCAGGGGAAGGUGCCCAUAAAAAACCGAAAACCUGA